AUGGCCGCCGCCGCCCGCUCCGCCGCCAAGAGGGCGCCCACCGCCAUCGCCAUGUUCAACAUGGGCGGCCCCAGCACGCUGCCGGAGGUGCAGAGCUUCCUCACGAACCUCUUCACGGACCCGGAGCUGAUCCCCAUGGGCCCCGUGCAGAACUACGUCGGCCCGUACGUGGCCAAGCGCCGCACGCCGCAGAUCGUGGACCAGUACGCGCAGAUCGGCGGCGGCUCGCCCAUCCUCAAGUGGACCAACAUCCAGGGCGAGAACAUGUGCAAAAUCCUCGACGAGAUCCGCCCAGAGGUGCGAAGCGGGCUGCGAUGGCCCAGCAGCUACAGCGCGCCGCACAAGCACUACGUGUUCUUCCGCUACGCCAACCCGCUGACGGAGCAGUCGCUCAAGCAGAUGAAGGAGGACGGCGUCACGCGCGCCGUGGCCUUCUCGCAGUACCCGCAGUGGUCGUGCACGACCUCGGGCUCGAGCAUGAACCACCUGUGGCGCGAGCUGGACCGCCUGGACAUGAAGGAGGACUUCCAGUGGUCGCUCAUUGACCGCUGGAACACGCACCCGGGCUACAUCUCGGCCGUGGCCAACCGCGUCAAGAUGGGGCUCGAGCAGUACGCGCCCGAGGACAGGGACAAGGUCAUCAUCAUGUUCUCGGCCCACUCGGUGCCCAUGAAGACGGUUUACAAGGGCGACUCAUACGUGAACGAGAUCGCGGCCACGGCCGAGCGCGUGAUGAAGCAGCUCGCGGGCAAGAACAUGCACAUUCUGAGCUGGCAGUCCAAGGUCGGCUACUUGCCGUGGAUGGGGCCCAGCACCAGCGACGUGAUCAAGCGCUACGGACAGCAGGGACACAAGCACGUGAUGGCUGUGCCCAUUGCUUUCACGUCGGACCACAUUGAGACGCUGUACGAGAUCGACAUCGAGUACGGCGAGGAGGCCCAGGCCGCUGGCAUCACGAACUUCAAGCGCUGCCCGUCGCUGAACGACGAGCCGCUGCUGUUCAAGGCGCAGGCUGAGCUCGUGAAGCAGCACUUGGACACGGAGGAGCUGCACUCGCCCGCAUACCCGCUCAACUGCGCUGGCUGCACCAACCCCAUGUGCCGCACCAUCGUGAACCCUAUCAAGCCCUACAAGAAGCUGCUGUAACUCGGUGGCAACGCUACCGCCGUAGACUUUUUGCCUACCAGUUAACCAGCAUCUCUCGCAAUGCAAUUGUGUCAUAUCAUAGACAAUCUGAACUCCUUG